UGUAGCCUUUUCACAGCCUAUAUCAAUGGAAAGGUCAUUUACCACUAAAACGACAAUUCAUUCAUGAGUGUAAGAGCUUAGCUAGUCGUUUGCAUAAUAGAGAAUACUAUUCUUGGCAAGCGCGAAGCCAUAUUCUAUAUUACAAACAUGGACACAUUAACCGUGACAGGAAUUACAGUGGACAUGUUGGUGAAGUGGCAGCAAAAUGUCCAGGAAGAAGUAUUGAUUCUGGAUAGCAGACCCUUCAUUUCCUACAACGAAGGCCAUAUUGUCACUGCAACGAACGUACACUGUCCCCCGAUACUGAAGCGACGAUCGGGGGGAUUUGUGGCCCUAGAAAAUAUUGUACCGUGUAGCGAAAAGAGAGAGAGAUUGGAAAAUGGCGAGUUCAAGCGAAUCAUCGUUUACGAUGGGGACACUGUAGACUUGGAACAGUCUGCCAAGGACUCUAACCUCUAUUCAGUGUUAAAAAGUCUUCGACAACAAAUUGAAGUGGGUGAACUGUGUUACAUUAAAGGAGGUUACAAAGAAUUCAGUUCCAUGUAUCCACAAAUGUGUCGCCGCCAGUCUAAACUCACCACCUGUAGCACUCUGAACGUGGAACACGACAAUGCACAUAGACAGGAGGCCCCAGUGGAAAUACUACCCUUCCUCUACCUGGGAAACUUUCAGGAUGCCUCCAAUCUAGAGCUUCUGCAUCGACUGGGAAUAACAUCCUUAAUGAAUGUGUCAACAAAGUGCAAGAAUCUGUUUGAGCAGGACUUCAGCUAUAUGAACGUUCCUGUGGACGACAACCCCAAUGCAGAUCUGGCAGUCUGGUUCCCACAGAGCAACACAUUUAUAGAUACAGUUCGAGAAAACCGAGGCAAGGUUUUGGUACACUGUCAGGCUGGAGUGAGCCGCAGUGCUACAAUAUGCCUUGCAUAUCUCAUGUACACCGCCAAAGUGGGACUGGAAACUGCUUUCGAACACAUCAAAUCUCGCCGUAGUGUCAUAUCCCCAAACCUGAACUUCAUGCGACAGCUCGAGAACUACGAGAAAGAAAUCAAAUCUCAUGAUGGGACUCUAAACACCUCAGUUUCUGAUUCCUCCAUGGACAGCUCAAUGGAUACCUCCUCCUCUAAUGAAACGGCUAGCAGCACCAGCUCAGGGUUGCAGUCCACCAGCGGCUCCAGCUUAUCCCAGGGACAAGUGUUCGGGGGCGGAGCUUUUGACUUUACAUUCAGUCCGACAUUCUCAUCUCCCAAUACCCCGCUACUCUCACCGAGUUAGUUGCCAUUACCCAGAGUUUCUGUGUAGCCAAAGUUCUGUUUUGGUUGUAGUUUUUGUACUUUAAAAAAAACUGUGCCAAAUGCCACUUCAUUGUAACAGAGGCAGUUCUUGUGUAAUUCAAAAGUGCAACUACGUGUAGAUUUCUCCUCUCAGAAGGCCAAAACGAUACCACAGGAUGGUGCUACUUACAAUGCAUACUGUACCUUCCUCUACCGUCCAGUCUGCGCAACCAAAAUAAAUAUUCCACCAAUGACCGAUACAUAGCUUUCUUUUCAAUAUAUCUAUAAAUAUAUAUAUAUAUAUAUAUUAACAAUAAUGUAGUCCUUCAGCAACUUUUUUUGAACUUCACACAAUUUUUUUUUAUCAAAGAUCUAAUCAUUUCUGGUAACAUUGCAUUGUAGCAUUAAUGUUUACUGCAUUGUGUAGGUCAGUUUAAUAUUCAGUACCAUUUUUUGGACUUUUUGUUUUACAUUUAAUGGGACCAGUUACUUUCUCAGGCAGAUGCUAUUCCAAUAGUUGUAUUCUUAGACUUUGAAUACCCAUUUCCUCCCUGGCAUUUUCUCCCAGGUAAUUUCCAUUUACUACCUCCCAAGGGGUUUCCAUUUGCUAGGUGACUUUUUUUUCUCUUUAAAUCAUUUUAUUGAUCAAUAUUUUUUAUGUAAAGAAACUCCACCUGCCAUUGAUUCAUAUACUAAAUCAAGCUGAUCUCUUUCUAAUAUCCCAAACAAAAAAUAGGCAUACAAUGUAUGCAAAUAUAUUGCAUUAAUAUAUCAUUUAUCAACCCUUUUCCGUAGGAUAGGAUCAUACUUUCAUUAUCUCACAUGAAAUUUUCCUUUUUAUUUGAUUUCGUGACUAAAGGUCUUAAGAUCUGGGUGAGACGGAUGUUUGACACAUAUAAGUUCGAUUUCAUAUUUUUUCUUGUUUAUCAUUUCCUGUCAUCAAUAGCAGAUCAAAAUGUUGAUAAUUUAAUCAGAUUGUCAACUUCUCAACUUCAUUAACAUGAAAAAUCAAUGUACAAUGUGCAGAAUAUACAUAUUGUACAAGGGAGAAUUUUCAUGUCAGUAUGUUUGAAAUUCAAACAAUAGACAUGCUCCAGUAAAUAAACAAACCCAUCGUCUUUAUGAUUUUCAUGAGGAAGAAAAAAUUUAAACAACCACAUGUAAAAUGAAUUCCAGUGUUAUAUCGAAAUAAAAAUAAUUGUUUCAGUUCAUGUAUUUACCGGUAAUGCUAUUUCUUUUUAAAGAAAAUAUGCCAGGUUUGUGCACAAAUUCUGCAAGACAGAAGAGACAAAUGCUUUUGUAAAAUACAGUUGAUUCUCCUUAUCUUGAACUCAGUGGGGCCGAUAAAAACUUCCGAGAUAUCUAGAGGUUUCAGAUGUUGAGGUUAAAAUGCAUUUUUAAAAAUGUUGUUUUGACUUCUAACUGACUACAUAUCCAUGGUAUUUGAGGUAUCAAUGUUUGAGAUACUGAAGUUUAACUGUAUCUACAUGUUUAUAUGCAUAAUAUUACUGCAUGUGUUACUGUUAACAAAUCAAAAUAUUUACACUGUACAUAUGUGUUUUGAAAUGGAGGUGUGCAACACGGAAAUGAAAACACUUACUACAUUUUGAAUGACAGUUCAAUUACUUUAUGAAGAAAAAAAAAUGUAUAGUUAUUUUUAUGUUUGCUUUCUAAAUAUUUAACCAAAAACAGAUGAAGUUAAUCCAUGGGUAUAUCAGCAGCUUGUAAAAUGAAACUGUAAGAAACUUGCUGAGUGUAAAGGUAGUCUUGUAUCUACUAUGGAUUAUAGUUUCACUUGACUCAAUCUUUUGCAUGUUAAUCAUAGGACUUGACUAGUUUAUAACCUUUGUAUAUUGUGAAUUUUAGUUUCUGAAACAAUUAACUGUCCAAAAAAAAAAGAAGCUGGUUUUUUUUUGUUUUCAAUUCAAAGUGUAAUGUACAUUUUAUUUGUUUCAAUGUAAUAAAUUGGUAUACCAGUAAAACUUUUAUGGUUUCAGUUUAAAUUUUUGUUUUGUUUCAGUAUUGUACUGUAAAUACAGUGUUUGUUACUUCUUAUUUUUGUGAAUUCACAGCAGAGUAAUGUAAACCCAAUUCAUAUUGUUUUAUGUAUUCAGUUCUUGUUGCAGAUUAUAAUAGUGUAAGGGGACAGACCGCUGUGUCUAAUAGUUAUUUGUGAGAUUGAUGUUGAAAAUACUCCAGCAGAGACUUCUACAGACUAGGACUCUCUCUCUCGAGUCUAUUUAUAAUAGAGUAAUCCGCGAGACACUUCUUGGAAAGAGAAUGGUGUUUUGUUAUCUCUGUACGUGUAUGUGAUUUGUGAAAUCCAAAUUAAAAGAAUCAGUUGGUA